AUGUCUCAGCCUGUCUACAAGCUGUAUUUUACCGGACGCGAUGACCCACGGAACGGGUGUAUCGUGAUCGGUGAGGAUACGAAACCCAUAUUCUUUCGUUUCGACACCCCAGACAUCUUCAUGGGCAAUGCGCGUACAGCAGUCACCAAGGGGAACGGGGAUAUGGUCGCUUUCUUCGAAUGGACGGGAACAAGCCAUCCUGGUUCAGCCACCAUCAUCGGCGACCGUCAGAUCCCUAUGGGGCGCCUUGUUAUGACCAAUUUACCGUUUACGCCGCCUGGGUCGCGAGUAUUUGAAUCAAGCCGUGGUGGACGGUACGCUUGGAGAAAGCCCGGCAAUGGCUCAAACGCCUACGAUGUACGUCGAGACCCACCUGUACCCAUUGGGAUUUACCGGCGCUUUGUUCAGUGGACGCCGAUAGGUCCCUCAUAUGCUUACAUGCAAUACACAUUCGACGACGACGUCCUAUUGCUCGACUCAUUGCUUGCACUGUCAUUGAACCGCUGGCUUGAUCUCCAGGGAUUAUGA